AUGCCACAAACGUACGAAGAGGAGAAGGUGCUCAUCGACGAGAUCAACAGCAAGCUAAGCGCCAAGGACCUGGCCAGCGCCGCGCGGUUGCGCAACAUCGGAAUCUCCGCGCACAUCGACUCCGGCAAAACCACCUUCACCGAGCGGGUGCUCUACUAUACGGGCCGGAUCAAGGCCAUCCACGAGGUGCGGGGCCGCGACUCGGUGGGCGCCAAAAUGGACCACAUGGACCUUGAGCGCGAGAAGGGCAUCACCAUCCAGUCCGCGGCCACGUACUGCCUGUGGGAGAAGGACGGGCAGGACUUCCACUUCAACUUGAUCGACACGCCCGGCCACGUGGACUUCACCAUCGAGGUGGAGCGUGCGCUCCGCGUGCUUGACGGCGCGGUGCUCGUGGUGUGCGCCGUGAGCGGCGUGCAGUCGCAGACGGUCACGGUGGACCGCCAGAUGCGGCGCUACAACGUGCCGCGCGUGACGUUCAUCAACAAGAUGGACCGCAUGGGCGCCAACCCGUUCCGCGUGAUCGAGCAGAUCAACUUGAAGUUGAAGACGCCCGCCGCGGCGCUCCAGGUGCCCAUCGGCGCGGAGGAGAACUUGCGCGGCGUCGUCAACGUCAUUGACCGCGUGGCCAUCUACAACGAGGGCGCGCAGGGCGAGGAGUUGAACGUGACGCCCGACAUUCCCGCGGACUUGGUGGACUUGGUCGAGGAGAAGCGCCAGGUCUUGAUCGAGACGCUUGCCGACGUCGACGAGGAGAUCGCCGACAUCUACCUCGAGGGCGAGGAGCCGUCCACAGAGCAGAUCAAGCAGGCCAUCCGCCGCGCCACCAUCGCGCGCCGCUUCACGCCCGUGCUCAUGGGCUCCGCGCUCGCCAACAAGGGCGUGCAGCCGGUCUUGGACGCCGUCGUCGACUACUUGCCGCAGCCCAACGAGGUCUUGAACACGGGGCUCGAGCUCGUUGCACACGAGGAGAAGCCCGUCAAGUUGAUUCCCUCGUCCACCGAGCCCUUCGUGGGCUUGGCCUUCAAGUUGGAGGAGGGCAAGUACGGCCAGUUGACGUACAUCCGCGUGUACCAGGGCAAGUUGAAGAAGGGCGCGUACAUGAACCACGUCAAGCUGGGCAAGAAGCUCAAGAUCUCCCGCUUGGUGAGAAUGCACUCCAGCGACAUGGAGGACGUCGACGAGAUCGGCGCGGGCGAGAUCUGCGCCACCUUCGGUAUCGACUGCGCCUCGGGCGACACCUUCAUCGGCCAGGGAUCCGCGAAGAACAUCACCAUGAGCUCCAUGUUUGUGCCUGACGCGGUCAUCUCCUUGUCCAUCGAGCCAAAGGUCAAGGACAACGGCAACUUCUCCAAGGCCAUGAACAGGUUCCAGAAGGAGGACCCCACCUUCCGCGUGCGCUACGACCCGGAGUCCAAGGAAACCAUCAUCUCCGGAAUGGGCGAGUUGCACUUGGAGAUCUACGUCGAGAGAAUCAAGCGUGAGUACGGCGUCGACUGUGUCACGGGCAGACCCCAGGUCGCCUACCGUGAGGCCAUCACCACGGCCACCGAGUUCGACUACACCCACAAGAAGCAGAGUGGUGGUGCGGGUCAGUUCGGUAAGGUCAUGGGUACCUUUUCGCCCGUCGAGGGCGAGAACCAGUUCUCGCAACACGUGGUUGGCGGCCGUAUCUCCGAGAAGUUCUUGUUUGCGUGUCAGAAGGGGUUCGAGGACUGUUUGGAGAAGGGUCCUUUGAUCGGUCAUCGUGUUUUGGGUGUGCACAUGCAUAUCAACGAUGGUCAGUCUCACAUGGUCGAUUCCUCUGAGUUGUCGUUUAGACUCGCUGCCCACGGUGCGUUCAAGCAGGCUUUCUUGAAGGCCAACCCGGUCAUCUUGGAGCCCAUCAUGACCGUCGAGGUCAGUGCGCCAAACGAGUUCCAGGGUAACGUCGUCAGUUUGGUCAACAAGCUUGGUGGUAUGAUCAUGGACACUGCCAAUGGGCAGGAUGAGUUCACCAUCACCGCCGAGUGCUCGUUGAACUCCAUGUUUGGCUUCGCCACGUCCUUGAGAGCGUCCACUCAGGGCAAGGGUGAGUUCUCUUUGGAGUUCCUCAAGUACGCCCAGACCUCGCCUCAGUUGCAGAGAGAGUUGAUUGCCGAGGCCGAGAAAAAGAGAAAGUAG